UUCGGAACAGUAGACGAUAAGAGAGUCGCAUCGCGUGGGUACAGUAGGCCGAGUGCAGUGCAGUGCGUGAGGGACUUGUGUCGCUGAAAGCUCGGCCGCGAAGCCUGCGGCACCGCCAGCGGCGAGCGCCCAGUCGCACACACAGUCAGUGCCGGCCGGUCCGCGCCUUCGGCAUCACGUUCGCGAACACUCUCUCUGCUGCAGACUGUGACACACACUCAGCGACCACGACUACCAUCGACUACGAACUACCACGGAAGUGGACGCCGACUCACUGCUCAACACUGCGGACAACGACGUCAGAUGGAUCAGUGGCGCGCGGCGGCAGCGCUGCUCGCGCUGGCCGCGUGCUUCGUGACAACCAUAGCAGCACCCACCUCUAACCAGACAGCGCUAGAUCUCUACGAAGGUUCAACAGAGGGCUGCUAUUACAAUUUCCAGCAUUAUGGUGAAGGAGACCGGAUUAUGACGAACGAGCCCUGUCUCAACUGCACGUGUCACAACCGAAUGUUAAUGUGUUACCUGAAAGUGUGCCCGUUUACGAAGGCUAUUGGCCAAGACUGCACUGUAGAGAAGCGAGCGGAUCAAUGCUGUCCUAUUGUGACUUGCCCAGAUGUUCCAGUUGACCUGCUAACUUCGACAUCAACAUCUUCACCAGCUGAAUACGGCGCAACAGGCAUAGGAAAAUUAGAUAAAUAUGGCUGCAGCAUCAACAACAAAUACUUCCCGGAAGGUUCGAAGGUGCCAUCGACGCCAAACAAGCCAUGUGAACAUUGCUACUGCAUCCGUAACAUGACGACGUGUGUUAUGCAAGAAUGUACUCUCCACGUAGAUGGCUGUACUCCGAUCUACCACAAAGAUGUCUGCUGUCCCAUUCGAUACUCUUGUGAUCACCCUGAAGAUGAAAUACCGCUUUUGGAUGAUAUGACCACUACAGUAAGACCUACACCUGGAUUCUUAUUAACAACUACAACGAUGAUGCCUGUAACACAGACCACACAAAACUGUGUACAUGAUGACCAGAUAUUCGCUGAUGGUGCUCUCAUAAAGACUGAAAAAGCUUGUGAGCAUUGCUAUUGCAUGAAAGGAGAUAUUGUAUGUGUCGUGCAAGAAUGUGGAACUCCAAUGGAAAAUGAAGGUAAAAAUUGUACUUCUAUUCCACCACGACAUGGCCAAUGCUGCCCAGAUACGUAUAUAUGUGAAGGAGAUGAAAUUCAAUCUGAGCCAGCACAAACAAGUUUAUAUGAAGAUAUAACUACUACAUCUCCUCCUAGACGGGUAGCAGAGGGUAGUGGUUACAGAAAUGAACCAGGUGAACCGAUUACAGAAACAGGCAUUUUUGAAAAUGAAAAUGAAGGAAGUGGAGAGGAAUUGUCUUUAACCACAUCUAGUUUCGAUACAACAACAAUUAAGAAUUACACGCCUGAGAGAACAAGUGAGAUCACGGGGCUAUACACAGACAUGGAUAAAAAUCUAAUCACAGCAAUAACUGGUAAAGUAGAAGAAGAUAUCCAUGAUUCUACAGAGAGUAUUUUACCGAGCAACACUAUUCCUGAUACCUCUAGAGACACUAUUACAUCUGAACCUCGUGCUACAACAUUGAAGGUAGAUGAACAUACACUACAAGAAACAACUGAGGUUGUUACAUCACCAACUGAACCGUUCAGUGAAACUUUGGUAGCUGAAGGUACAACUACGCCAAAGGAGCAUUUGGUAACGGAUACUUCAUUGGAUAAGAGCACUCAACUAGAUGAAGAGUUUUUGUUGGCCACUAAAUUGCCAAGUGAUGAUAUACUUGCAGAAACGACAAGCAAUCUAAGUAAUGAUAUUACAACUGAGAAAUUACUAGAAACUGAACAACCGUCUAAAAUAGAUAACACGUCUCAAACUGAAUCACCUAAGUUAUUGGUCAGUGAAGUAACACCGACGUCAACAGACAAAAUAAACCUACCUGAUAUUACAACAAUAAACACGAAUGAAAAUGAAAUAAUUGAGGAUGAAUCUUUAGGACACCAGCCCGGAAGAAUUCCUGGAGAAGGAGAUUGCUUACUAGGUGGUAUAACAUAUAGAAAUAAUAGCAACGUACCUACAUCAAGCAAAUGUCACUCAAGUUGCAGGUGUGUAAGUAGUAUAAUAAAAUGCGACCCUAUAGUUUGCACACCACCUCUCGAAUAUAUGGAAAAUAUGAACGAUUGCGAACCUAUUUAUGACUCUGCAGACUCUUGCUGCCCGACUUAUGUGUGUAAUACAAAAGAAACAACUGCACCAGAAUCCCAUAGUCAAAUGUCAGGUACUGAAACAUCCAAACCAACACUUGAAUGUAAGGGUGAUGAAUGUCAUAUAAUUGAAAGCCCAAAACCUAGUACACCAAUCGUUAUAAAUAAUGAGAAUUGUGGGGAAAAUGGAUGUAUACAAGAAAAUGUACCAAAAUGCAAUGAUGAUAAAUGUGGCAUUGAGAUUGAAAAACCAAUUCCUGAAAAAUGUACCUCAGAGGUUGGAUGCCAAGUACCUGUUGUCAAACCUUGUGAAGAUGAUAAUUGCCAUCCACAAGAAGUAACCCCUGAAUCUACAAAGAAAGAAGUUCAAAAUAAUAUUUGUGACGACGACCAAAAUUGUGAAAACCUAAACGAUGAACGAGAUGAAAGUGCUAUAUGUACAAAUAAUGACUGUAGACGAAAAGAACAUGGUCAAAUAGAAUUAAACGUACCAUGUAUUGGAGAUAGCUGUACUAAAGAAGAAGACUCUGACCAAACUUCAAAUACGUUUACUUCACUUCAGCAGACUACACCAAAGUUGAUCAUGACUAGUGAAGAUGACUCAAAAUCUGAAUCUGAUAUAGGACCAACACAACAAGCCACUGAAACAUCACUUGAGCAAACAACACCAGCACAACAAACCACUGAAACAUCACUUGAGCAAACUACACCAAAAAAGGUGUCAACUAAUGAAGACGAAUCAAAAGUGGAAUCUGAUAUAGAAUCGGCACAACCAAUUACUGAAUCAUCACUUGAUCAAACUACUGAAAGGAAGAUUACAACUGGUGAAGAUAAUUCAAAAUUAGAACCCGAUAUAGAACCUGCACAACCAACUACUGAAUCAUCACUUCAAGAAACAACGCAUAAGCAAAUAACAAUUAGUGAAGAUGAUUCAAAAUUAGAAUCCGAUGCAGAACCUGCUCAAUUAACAACCGUAUCGUCACUUGAACAAACUACUCAAAAGAAAAUAACAGAUGGUGAAGAUGAUUCAAAAUUAGAACAAACUACGCAAAAGAGAGUAAUAACUGGUGAAGAUGAAUCAAAAUUGGGCUCUGAUAUAGAAUCUGCACAAGCAACCACCGAAACAUCACUUGAGCCAACGACGCCUACGAAGAUAACAACGGGUGAAGACGGUUCGAAAACGGAAUUCAAUAUAAAACCAGCAGAACCAACAUUUGGAACUUCAUUUGAGCAAACUACGCUAAAUAUGCUCAUAUCUAAUGAAGGUGACACAAAAUUAGAAAAUGACGAGGAACCAGCACAAUUAACCACAGAAACAUUACUUCAGCAAUCGAUGACAACGAUAGAAAUAGACGGCAAAGAUGACUCAAAAUUGGUUUCCAAUUCAGAACCAGUGCAGCCGACCACUGAAACAUCACUUGAGGAAACUACCCCAAAGACGGUAACAACUAUUAAAUACGAUUCAAAAUUAGAAUCUGAGGUAGAACCUGCACAACAGACUACUGAAUCAUCACUUGAGCAAACUACCACAAAGAAGGUAACAACUAUUAAAUACGAUUCAAAAUUGGAAUCUGAGGUAGAACCUGCACAACUGACUACUGAAUCAUCACUUGAGCAAACUACGCCAAAAAAGAUAACAACUAUUCAAAACGAUUCAAAAUUGGAAUCCGAUAUAGAACCUUCACAACCAACUACUGAAUUAUUACUUGAGCAAACUACGCCAAAGAAGAUAGAAACUGGUGAAGUCGAUUCGAAAUUCGAAUCCGACAUAGAGCCUGCACAACCAACUACUGAAUCACCACUUCAACAAACUACUCAAAAGAAAAUAACAGCUGGCGAAGAUGAUUCAAAAUUAGAAUCUGAUACAGAACCUGCACAACCAACUACUGAAUCAUCACCUGAGCAAACUACGCAAAAGAAAGUAACAACUGGUGAAGAUGAAUCAAAAUUAGGCUCUGAUAUAGAAUCUGAACAAGCAACCACCGAAAUAUCAAUUGAGCUAACGAUGCCUACGAAAAUGAUAACUGCUGAAGGUAAUUCAAAAUUAGAAUCCGAUAUAGAACCUGCACAGCCAACUACUGAAUUAUCACUGGACCAAACUACACAGAAGAAUAUAACAACUGGUGAAGAUCAUUCAAAAUUAGAAUCCGAUAUAGAAGUGGCACGAGCAACCACCGAAACAUUACUUGAGCAAACCACGCCAAAGAAAAUAAUAGCUGGUGAGGACGAUUCAAAACUAGAAUCUGAUAUAGCUUCUGCACAAUCAACUACUGAAUUAUCGCUUGAGCAAACCACACCAAAGAAAAUAACAACUGGCGAAGACGAAUCAAAACUGGAAGCUGACACAGCGUCUGCUGAACCAAAUAUUGAAUCACUACUUAAGCUAACUACGCCAAAGGCGAUAACAUCUGAUGAAGACGAUUCAAAAUUAGAAUCCGAUGUAGAACCAACAAAACCUAUUCCAGAAAAAGAAGAAGGAACAAACCAUCCUUUAAGAGAUAAAUUCCAAGAUGAAUAUACAACUGUUUCUAACUCUGAUGUAAAUAAAUACGAAUCUACGGAGGCGGUUAUUACCAACCUUUACCACGUGACAACAGAAACUAUUCAAAGUACUUCUAGCAUCGAAGAAGAUUCUGCCAAAUUUGAACAUAGUACUGAAUCUCCUGAUGCAACAAUACAGCUUCAUACAACAGAAUUACCGGAGCUUGAUAAUGAUGGUAAAAUCUAUAAUGAGAUUUCUCAAGAUGACAGUAAACCCGAACACCAAACUACACAAAAAUCUAUAAUAACUACUCAAGAAGCAGACUUAGAUAUGACAACUCUACUUUAUAAACCAUCUCAAGGAUCAACUAAAGACGAUCAACCACAAUUAGUAACAGAACGAAUCAGAGAUGAAACGCAAACAGAUGGUCUAAUAUCUCCAGGGGAGACUGAAGAAUCAAAUCCACAAUAUAUUGAUACUGACUCAGUAAAGGAGACGGUGGCACCAGUUAAUUAUGAUAUCACAACGACAAAUAUAGGCCAGAGUGAUGUUGACCAUACCACCGAAAUUUCCGAAAUGUUCAUUAAUAAUAAGGAAACAGAUUCAAAAUCUACAGAAAGUCCGAUUGCAGGUAAUAAGGUAACAGAACGAGAAAUGACAACAUCUGUUUUGUUGGAUAUUCAAACUAAAACGCCACCAAUAUACGAAGAGGAAUUGAAACCUACUGAAAUAUUAGGAUCAGCUGAAGAUGUUGAAAAACACAGUACUGUAGUAGGAGAAUUCACAUCUCCAAACAGUAUUACUGUUCAGAGCUCUUCAGAAACCUAUCAAACUUCGCAAACCUUUAGUGAUGAAUUAGAUAAAUUAACAACAUUGGGGCUAUCUGAAUCUACAAGCCAUCCUAAACCACACAAAGAUUAUAAUGAGGAACAAGCUCAAACAACUGUUUCAACACAUGAUGAUGACAAUGUUUUACCAGGUAUAACUUUGAUGGAUGAAAUCACAAGUUCUAGCACUGACACAGUUACUGAGACGAAUGAACAAGCAGACACAGAACCAAAAUUGACUACACCUAAAGAUACAAAGCUUGGUGAAGUUGUUACACCAUCGUAUGAACCUGAAAAAACUACACUUGAAAUUCUGGACUCAGAUGUUGAAAAGCAAACAGAAAAACAGUAUACAAUUCCAGAAAAAGAACUAUAUACAACGUCAUUGCCAGGUGCUACUGAAAUAUCAAUGGAACAACAAACAGAGAUGGUACCAACUUCUGAACGUAUACGUACAACUCCUUCGAAUAUUUUCAACAAAGAAAUAUCCCAGACCGAUUACAUAUUUACUUCGGUAGGAACUACAAAAGCCCCACUUGAUGAUUUUGCAGAAAAUACAACGCCUAAGACAAUUGAAUUAGUUACAAAGCAAGAUGAACUUGGCCAAAAAUCAACUAUAAAUGUUGAGGAUCAGAAUAUUGAAACAAAAACGAAUAAACCUGAUUUACUCGAUGAUGGGAAGUAUACAACUCUAUCUCUGUUUGCAACCGAAGAUAAAGCGACCACCAUAGCUGAUGAAUACCAAGGAACAAAGAAAUAUGGAGAUGAACAGCAAACCGAUCAGCCAACCAUGCUUGAAAUCGAUGUUACCAGUCAUCCUGACAUAUCAUUCACACAAGAAGCUGCGAUAACUACAACAAAGGAACAGCAAUUAGAUGUGACCACUGAUAGUUCAAAUAAAAUCGUAACAUCUCAAGCCGGAUCUGAAAGCGACACGGAUGCGACAUAUGGCCCGUAUCCUGUGACGGUACAACCUGUCAGGGUGUCUGAUUUUACACCUAAAGAACCUCAUAUCCAAUUUGAGCAAAGCACAAUCGUCUCUGGCACACACGUCAAACCUGAAGGGGGUGCUACUGAGGCAACCCAGCUUUUCCAAACGGCUACAUUAGAAGAGGAAAUCAUCAAACCAACUCCUGAUAUAAAGCCUGUUGAAACUGAAAGGCCGAUGUCUCUGGUUACCAGUAAACCAGAUACUUCAACAGAAACAUUAGACAUGGAUCAAUAUACUGUUUCACAUGAUCUUUAUUCUAGUGUUAGCAUGCAAACCAAACCCGAUGAAAAUGAAUUUGUAACAACAGAAAAAGUGCAAUAUUCGAUAGAUUUAAUACAAAAUACCGCCACACAUAAAACUUCAGAUGACACCACGCCAUUCACAAAAGCACCUAUUAUAGAUGAAACGCCAUUGACAGAAUACGAAAAGACAUCAAGAAAAACUACCAUAACUGAUAAAGAUGGAGUUGAACUAACACUAAUCACUACAAUUCCACAAACAGUUGUCACAGAAAAGUCUUCAACCGAAUAUAUUACACAAGCUAUAUCAGAAGAUGUAACAACACCAGGUACUGAAUAUAACGUAAAUGAUGAAACUAUAUCCAUUACAGAUAAUCCUAUAAUUGAAAAGACUUCACAAGACAUUCGGGAUCAACCUAAAAUAACUGAAAUAACAUACACAACAGAUAAUCAAUAUUCUUCAACAUCUCAACUGCCACAAGAAAUAGUCGAAGAUUCAUCACCAAAAGUGACCCUUGUAACUAAAUCUCCUCAAUCCUUAACAACAGAGAAAGAAGAUAUAUUAUUGAAUAGUGAAGAAGUAAGAACUACACUUUCAGACGAUGCUUUUACAAACAAGCCUAUUACAACUGUAGUUGAAAGUUCGACAUCCAUUGAAGAAGGAUUACGAAUAAAGACUACAAGUGACGCAUCAGUAAGCGAACCUCAUAUGAAUUUAGUAACAACGGAAAGACCAAUCUCUAGAGACAGAAUUACAACUGAAACUGAAGAUCAAGCAACAAUAUCAGCAGUACUACCUGAUGAAAUAAAAACAGAUAAAUACGAUGAUCUACAUACUUUGCAGCCAUUUACUUCCGAAGAUAAGUAUUCAACUCAUUCACCAGAAAUAAGUGAUCAAAAUACCCACGCAUAUGACAUUACAACGACUAAGAUCCCAGAAGAAUCCCCAACAGAAUCCAUAGAAAUUCACGUUGCUGAUACUGAGUUACCAGAAGAAUUAGAGACAAAACCUUUUGAUAAUAAAUCAACCACACAAGGUAUUUUCACAACCAAAGAACCAGGACCAAAAGAUAUUAUUACAAGUAUUGAAGUUACAACCGAGUCUAAAUAUCAAGAUUAUGAAACAACGCCAUACUUUGUUGAGUUAGAAGAACACACACAUGUAAUUCCUGAAACAUCUGUUACACCCGUUAGUGAUAUAUCUACUGAGGAACUAACAGAAAUCCAUACAACCGAACGUGGUGAUCAAAUUCUAAGUGAUGAAAAAUUGCAAGGGGACUUAACCACCGAGGAACCACACAUAACAACUUCUAAAUACGACAGUUCUACUACAGUUUUAUAUGACAGCAAAUUAAGCACCAUAUCACCUCAGAAAGUAACAGUCAAAGACACAGCUGUCGAAGAAGAAAAACAAGAAACUAUUGCUGUUUAUCUUGAGCCGUCAACAUCUACGCAACUUCCAGUUCAAAACGAAGAAGGUUUAAUAUCUAUGCCUAUCGAAACAGAAAAGCCAUUGUAUACCAGUACCGAAUCCGAUAAAACAUCUAUUGAUAAUGAACUCCCGAAGGAGGAAUCACUCGAAACUAAAACUCCAUACCUAGAUAAGACUACAAUGGCACCAGACCAUAUAAUGACAUCUCAGGAAGAAACAACUAUGGCCACUAUUUCUUCGAAGAUACCUGAUGUGAAACCUGAAGAAAAACCUGCUGAAUCAAUAACAUCAACUUUUGCACCAGUCACAUCAAAACCGGUUAUGAGCGACGUGCAGCCUACAGAGGACUUGGUACCUGAUUUUCCACCUACCGGUGUCAGUGGGUAUGGUCAGGAACCAGACUAUGUUGAAGAAGAUCAAGCGUUUGGACCCGGAACUUGUCGUUAUGGAGGCAAAGUAUACGUUUCAGCACAACAAAUACCUAGGGAUGAUCCUUGCGACUUCUGCUUCUGUUUCAGAAGUGACAUUAUUUGCCUACAGCAAAGCUGUCCUCCUCCUAUACACGGUUGUCAUGAGGAGCCAAUUCAAGGAUUCUGUUGUCCACGCUAUGAAUGUCCUGUGUCGAUGGCUACCACACUCAACGUUACGACAACAACGACCACAACAACAACAACACUACCUCCACAUUUCUUACCACACGCGUAUAAAGGUGCAGCUCAAAGAAGAGGAUGUCAAAUCAAAGGUCACUCAUACAAAGUUGGAGAAGUCGUGCGAUCUUCAUCGGGACCAUGCUUACAUUGCACAUGCGGAGGUGAUGGCCAAAUGAAAUGUGAUCCUAAAGUAUGCACACCAGAGCCCAUGCUUAGACAAAUGAUAGCAGCAGCUGUAUCUGCCAGAAGACGGAGGUGAAAAUCUUAAUUAAGAAGUAACUCUUUAUAGCAAGCAACGGAGAUGACCUGAACGGGCUCAUCUAAGUGAUUCUAAUUUCCACGUCUUUAUAAAUGCACAAGAAUAAUGCUCAAAUUUCACGAUGGAGUACUUAGUUAUAGAUUUUGUGUCAUAAUAAUAAUAUGUAGAAAUUGAUUACUAUAUGUAUAGAUUAUGAUGCUGUGGCAGUUAUAUUUAUUUUAUUGAAAUAAUAACUGUGAUUUUUAUACUAAAAUUGAACGAUUCAAAAUUUUCGUGAACUCACUGAAAAAGAUAUUAAUUUUUCUUUAGACGUGCCAAACUAUAGCUAGUUUAAUAUACUACGUAUGUUUACAUAUAUUUAUUUCUAAAUUUUAUUAUUAGUAUAAAUUUUAAUGACAUAUAAAGAACUUGCCACAAGACAUGAUCAUUAACUAAAUGGAGAGUAAAAUAUACAAUAUAAUUAACUUCUUGAACAGUUAAGAUCGCCGAAAUCUUGACCAUUUUCGAUCAUAUAAUUUUGAUUUACCGAUUAGUCAAUUCUUUAUUUUACACGAUUUUAUACUUUUUGUCUAGUAUCGUGUAAAUAUAAGAUGCCUACGUUUAAGAAAUCUAAAGUUGUAAAUGCCUUAAUUUGUAAUAAUUUAUAUAUGUUAGGUGUAUAGUACUUAAGCCAUGUUUUAAGACCAGUGAUUAUUUUAGUUUAGAAAUUUAGGAGGCAAUUCUCAUUGCGAUAGAAAAGUAUCAAUCGAUGUGCUAAUUUUUAUCACCUCGGUCGAUAUUUUUCCUUUUAAUUUCACGUUUUACAGAAAGCGACCUUAACAUCUUGUUUUCUUUAAUCCGUGGAUACUCGAAUGUGCUAGCACUUUUAAGUAGGAAUUUGUAAAACGUAUUUUGAUGAAAUUUGUAUCCACUUGUAAUUUAGAUUUUUAUACAAAAGUGCUAGUUUAUAAUUGACAGACAUAGGUCGGUACGAAAGUCGUUCGGCUGUUGUAAUUAUCGAUUCAUACAAGAAUCAAUAAAUAGUUACAUUAAUUCGUACAAACCUCGUUCUGAGCGUAAUGUUGUAGUAAUAUUUUAUUUAUUUAAAGUUCUAGUAUAUAGUGAUACAUAUUAUUAUUAUAUUUGUUUAUAAUUAUUGUAAGUGAUAAAAACAGCAAAAAAUUAUCACAGCGACACAACAGCUACUCAAUCAUGUCAAUUAAACUUUAUAUGUUAUUGUUUAAUUACAAUUUACCGAUUUUGUAAGCUAGAAUCUAGCUAUAUUGAACUGUGAAUGAAAAUCAAUUUAAAUAAACCAUUUAAAGAUA